CUGGCAUGCUGCCCAGGAGCCAUGGGGAGGGAGCGAAAACUGACCCCAGGCUCUUCCCUUCAUUGAUGUCCAUUGGGGCCUGUAGUUCAUGCUGUCCUCUACAGCCCAAUUCUGCAAAGCCCAUCACAGAGCCAGGGCAGGUGCCAUGUAUUUUCUGGAAGGCUGCUGCCACACAGAUAUGGGUGGCAUCUUAAAAGGCUUUGGGGAACAGGGAUGGGGUCUCCAGAUUUCAAAUGCUGGCUCUGCAUGCCUGCACUCCUCUUCCCACUGAGAGCAGGAUCUGGGACCCCAGUGUUGGCAGCAGCAUCGCACAGAGUCUCGUGGUGGCAGCCAGAGAGGAGCCGUCAUAUGGUCCAAGGCCACCGGGGCAGGGGGACAAGGCUCAAUCCCCAGAGAUGAACCCUUAUGUGUGUGCACCCUUGUCCCCAACGUGCUCCCAGGUGUGUGCACACCUGCACACUCCUGCAUGCAUGGGUGGCGUGGGCAGCAGGCUCCAUCCCUCCAAUGAGCUCCCACAUUGUGGAUGCUUUUUUUGGUGUUUAAUCCACUGAUAUAAACUUUCAGACCUCUCAUGAAAGCAGGUUUGUUUUGCUGGGCUUUUUUCCUUCUCCCUGGCAUCCUCUGGAACAGGAGUAAGGUACUCUGGGAGCUGUGUUCCCUGGCCCCAAGGCUCUUUGGUAUGGGGCAGCAGCCUGCUGGGUCAUGGAUAAAGGAUCCACAGAGGAAUAUGGGGGUAAGGGCUGGCAACUGUAGGACCUUCCCCAGAUGCUGUGUGGGCUGUGGGGUUCCCCAUGGAGAGCAUUUUGACUACACACAGGGCAAUGGGGGGACUGCAGGGGUGGGAACAAUCUCUCAGCCCUGCAGCUCCCUGGUGGGAGGCAGUUGUUGAGAUACACAAUUAACCUUCCUUUUGCAAUUAGUGAACAUGUUCUGCUGGGCAGCAACGAGCAGGGCACGGGGGUGUAUGUACACACACAUGCAGGUGAGAGUGUGCAAUGGAGGCAGCUACUCCUGUCUUACUCCCACACAGGCUGCCCACAGCCCACCAUGCCCCUCCUCAACAGCACAUUGCACCCCAACCUCCAACCCACGUAGCUCUCUCCUUCCUCCUCAGGCAGGAUGCAGGUCCGGAGUCUCUUCCUCCUCCUGGUGCUGAUCCUGGUGGCUGCCACCGCCGAGGCUGGCAAGAACAAGAAAGAAAAGGCAAAGAAGGAUGGCUCCAAGUGUGAGGACUGGCGCUGGGGACCCUGUGUUCCCAACAGUAAGGACUGCGGCCUGGGCUACCGCGAGGGAACUUGCAAAGAUGAGAGUAAGAAGCUCAAGUGCAAGAUCCCCUGCAACUGGAAGAAGAAAUUUGGAGCCGACUGCAAGUACAAGUUUGAGAGCUGGGGAGGCUGUAGUGCUCAGACAGGCCUGAAGACUCGCUCUGGCAUCCUGAAGAAAGCCCUGUACAAUGCCCAGUGUGAGGAGACUGUCUAUGUGACCAAGCCCUGCUCCUCCAAGAUCAAGUCGAAGUCCAAAGCAAAGAAGGGCAAGGGGAAGGACUAGAGCAGGAAACCAGCGUCCUCAUCGGCCCCUCAACACGGUGCCUACAGGACUGGAUGUCCAGCUGCAGCUGGCCCACACUACAGUCUUCCUCCUCCUCUCCUUACUCCUUUCCAUGACCUCCUCUUUCACUGAGAUGCCUUGUUUUAAUCAUUAGUGUUGUAGAGAGCAAACCCACCCACGCUGCAGGACAGGCUGCCUCCUUCCUUGCUGCCCCUUGGGCACUACCAGUGCAUUCUGCUCACCUCCUCUGGGCUGGUGUUGGGGUUCACUGCGAUGUGCUCUGAGAGCUGGGAUGGAACACAUAUUUUUCCACCUUCCAGCACAAAUGAGUUGCCUUUAGCACAUACUUUUGCAAGCCCAGGAGCCUCUUUGCUCCUCCACCAGGUACCAGUGCCAGAGGGAAGGGCUGGCUGUUGAAUGCCUGAGUAACCCCAUCGCUGAAGCUUCUCACUCAAGGACUGCUCUCACCUCAGGGGGUUUAUUCCAGCAUCCCUUUGGCUGGAACAUGACUUACCUGCAGCAGUUGAGGAAAACACAACCAUCACCCUGAGAAGCAACUGUGUCUCCUCUCUGUCACUUCUAACCAUGUGUGUCCAUGCUGGGGCUGCAGCCCCUCUGCCUUUGCCAUGCCAACACCAGUGCUGGGUGGGAGCUCUCCUUUUGGAAUUUUUCUUUUUCUUUUCCAAUAAAAAUCU